AUGGCGACUGCCGGGGGUGCAUCGAGUAUUAUUACGCAGGUGCAGCAGGGCGGGCCGCCCGUCAACGCUAUCGGAGAUGUUGGUGCGGACGAGACUAUCACGAUGGAUCUCCGAGGCACAAGAUUCGUAUUAUCGCGAGAUGAGCUUCUGACUUUGCCAGAGUUUGUUCUACUAUCCUUGUUCCCCAACGGACUGUUCCCAGAAGGGCAAAUGGGUGGGUUUGCAGAUGGAGAUGCUGUCCAGGUUGAUUAUGAUCCUGUAUCGCUGCAGUACAUGCUGGACUUCUUUCGCAACGUGGCCCAAUCAAUUCCCAUGGAAUCGUCGCCCAAUGCUUCGCAAGAUGGCGACGCCGUGCCUCUUGAGCCAUUGGGAUCCCGAGACGACGCUUCUCGGCGGGCUGGAAUCAUAGUCUUGCGAGAAGACCUCGACUUCUAUGUCAUUCCUCCUCGUCCGGAUGUCGGGCAACUUGAGAUGAUCGAGAUCAAAAGAGCCGCUGCCAAGGCGUUACUGAGUCAAGGGGGUAUCUUCUCUGGGCUGAAGCGGAGUGAUGAGCCGGGUACGACCGAGGCACACCUUAUUGAGAUGCUGACAGCUGGCGGGUUUAACCAUGAUGAUUCAUGGGGUCACCGGGCGGGAGAGCCCAACAAGGCGGUGGUGUGCAGCCUUGCUCUGGCACGCCUGCGUAGUGAUAUCAGAGGUAGUGAGAUGGGCAGCAACGCGGUUGGUAUGGCUCAGAAACUCCUCCUCUUCUGGCGGAAACCUGCUAGGAGGUGCUGGUGGGAAGGUGUUGAGCUUGAGGAUGUUGAGGGUGUCGAGGGAAAGCUCAAGGUGUGGAUCAGGCGUGUCUGGACCCUCGAAAUGAGUGUUAUUGGCCUUCGUUGA